AUGUUCGAGGAAAAGUUCGUGACCUUCUCCCCUGAGGAUGGUGCCGUCGACCUCGUCGGCGCCAAGAUUCUGGUAAACCAGGAUGACUUCCCAGGCGUACACCUAGCGGCUCAAAAUCUGUCUCAGGACUUCGCUCGAGUGACGCGAGGUUUGCCCAACCCAGUAACCAAGGUAGAUCAGGUACAUCCGACACCUCAGAUGCCCAUUGCCAUCAUCGUUGGCUCGCUGGACCACAGCACCCUUAUACAGAAGCUUGAAGUGGAGGGCAAGAUAGAUGUUAGCAGCAUCCGGGGGAAAUGGGAGUCCUUCAUCACAACCAUUGUGGACCAACCUUGGGAGGGCUGCUCUAAGGCCUUAGUGAUCACGGGCAGCGACAAGAGGGGAACAAUUUUCGGAGUAUAUACUCUGUCAGAGCAGAUAGGUGUUUCGCCAUGGUACUGGUGGGCGGACGUUCCAGCAAAGAACCAUGAUCAGAUCUUCGCAAUAAACAAAACUACAAAACAUGGCGAACCCAGCGUUCGUUUCCGUGGUAUAUUCCUCAACGAUGAGGCACCGGCUAUGACGGGAUGGGCACGAGAAAAGUUUGGCGGCUACAAUUCUAAGAUGUACAUUCAUGUCUUCGAGCUGCUGCUUCGUCUAAAGGCAAAUUUCAUGUGGCCCGCAAUGUGGCCUGGCUAUCCAAAUCCCGGGGCCUCUUUCUUUACCGAUGAUCCUAUGAACCAGAAGCUCGCAGAGGAAUGUGGCAUCGCAAUCUCAACGUCUCAUCAUGAACCGAUGCAGCGCCUUACAAAUGAAUGGUUCAUGGAGAACGAGGACGGCAGUUGGGACUGGAUUAACAACAAGCAGAAGAUUUCCGAGUUCUUUGAGGAAGGUGCGAGCAGAGCGAAGGGGUGCGAAUCGUAUUUUACCCUCGGCAUGCGUGGCGAAUAUGACAGAAAGAUGGCUGGUAAAGAUCCAGCGGGGACAAUCCGAGAUGUGAUCAAGACUCAGCGUGAGAUCAUAAAGAAGGUGUACGGCAAAGAGGACGCUGUACCUCAAUUGUUGGCACUGUACAAGGAGGUCCAGGACCACUACGAGACCGGGAGGCUGGAUGUACCGGAUGAUGUAACUCUCUUAUUCGGAGACGAUAACGUUGGCACGACUCGCCGGCUUCCCACGUCCAAGGAAAUGAACAGAAAAGGCGGUUCAGGCGCAAGUACAUCCUAUUCCGGCAAAGCUUGGCAUCAAUUGAUGGAGACAUACCGCCGAAACGCACGGCAGAUCUGGAUCUUCAAUGUAGGCGAUUUGAAGCCACUCGAAGUCCCCAUUACCUUCGCUAUGGAACUAGCGUGGAACGUGGAAAACAUCCCAGCGGAUGGUUUCUACCGGUUCUAUCACACCAUGGCCGAGCGUGAAUUCGGGCCGGAGCUAGCAGACAAGGUCGCUCCAUUGCUUCAAGGUUAUGAUCGCCUGUCCUCUCUCCGAAAACAUGAGCUUAUUGAGGCUGACACUUUUUCACUUCUCAACUACAAUGAGGCGGAACGGGUCCUUGAUGGCUGGAGAACACUCCUUGACAAAGCCGAAGAAAUCCAUGGAGAGUUCAAGUCUGAUGAGGAGAAAGCUGCUUCCUUCCAGCUUAUCCUUCACCCUCUCAAGGCCACGUGGACAUACGUCGCAUUGCGUGUCAAUCUUGCCCGAAACCAGCUCUUCGCUCGCCAGCGCCGCAACAGUGCCAACACGCUAGUCCAGCGUGUAUUAGCCCUCUUCGACGCCGACUAUGAUAUUUCGGAGGAAUACCAUGCUUUGUUGGGAGGUAAAUGGAACCACAUGUUGAGACAAACCCAUCUUGGCUAUGGCGACACCUGGCACGCGCCUUCGCGAGACAUGAUCAGCGGGCUCUGCUUCGUGCAGAAGCGGCAGGAGUCAAACCCUAUCGUGGGUCAGAUGGGUGUCGCUAUCGAGGGCCAUGCGGGCGUAAGACCUGGUGUGAUCAACGAGGAAUCGGAGCGUACCCACCCCAGCCGGAGGGAUCUAGUCCCUGGCUUGACCUUUGGGCCCCUGAGUCGGUAUGGUCCAGACAGCCGUUGGUUUGAUGUAUUCACGCGGGGUCCGAUCACGAUACACUGGUCAGCAUCUGCGCAUCACCCUUGGGUGAAGCUUUCCACCACGUCAGGCGUCUUGGUGCCCGGGGAGGAUGACGCCCGCGUUAUUAUCAAGAUUGAUUGGGAGCAAGUACCAGAAGACUUCAACGAGGAGAUCUUGGUAGAUAUCAGGUCGGAUGAAGGGGACUUUGAGCAGGUUCACCUCCCUGUUCUUGGACGAAAGGCCCCCGCCUCUUUCAAGGACGGUUUUGUGGAGGCAGAUGGAUACGUUUCAAUCCCAUCCAGCAGCGCGGUCAUCUCUGCGCCGUAUUUACAUCUACCAGACGCUGGGAGGACAGAGACUGGAAACGUCAUGUUUGCUGGUCCUCUGCCUGAAGGUUCUGAUGUACCAUUCUUGAGCUACAGGUUUUUCACUUUCAGUGAGCACUCGGCUGCUGCGAUACUGCUCGAGUUCGCCAUAACUCUAGACGUAUCGCCUGAAGAGACCAUGGCGUACGACCUACAGAUCGAUGACUCCGAAAUAGCCAGCCAUAGCCUGCUGGAGGCGAAGAAGGGAGAUGUUCAACUUUCAGCGACCAUGGGUUGGUAUCUGGGUGAUGGUUGGUUUGAGGCCGCUGGUGAUGGAGUUUGGAAGCGUCGCAUCGAGAUUUCGUCAUUGAAAGCCGGCGAACAUACUCUGAAGAUACGUUUCAAGCAUACCAAUAUGAUGCUAGAGAAGCUGGUUGUAGAUUUGGGAGGCGUGAAAGACAGCUACUUGGGCCCGCCUCCAAGUACUAGAGUUUAG